CUAUAAUUUUUAGUUUUUGUGAUCAUGAGUUAAUGAGUUCAUGGCUGAUUAAGACAUAAAAGCACAGCUGUUGUCACAGUUGUGAUUGAUUUGGUUUUAGUUUGUCAGUUCAUCAAGGUGCCCAUGCGUACGGUGAUUACCAAGGAAAAGUCUAGAUUUUCAGAGUUCUCACACAGGAAGUGCUUGUUAUAAACCCGCACCAUGGCCCAGGGGGCAACAGAUGCGAUAAACUUUGUUAAGGAAGAGGAAGCAGUCUUGAAGCUGUGGAAAGAAAUCGAUGCUUUCCAGACUUCUUUGAAGCUCUCUAAAGGCAAACCAAAAUACUCCUUCUACGACGGCCCCCCUUUUGCCACGGGCCUCCCUCACUAUGGCCACAUUCUGGCCGGCACCCUGAAGGACGUGGUCACGAGGUGGGCCCACCAGAGCGGCUUCCACGUGGAGCGGAGGUUUGGCUGGGAUUGCCACGGUUUGCCCGUGGAAUAUGAGAUUGACAAAACCCUGGGCAUCAAGGGCCCCGAGGAUGUUGCAAAGAUGGGGAUCAAAGCCUACAACGAUGAAUGUCGCAAGAUUGUUCAGCGCUACAGCCAGGACUGGAAAGACAUAAUGAGCAGGCUAGCCAGGUGGAUCGACUUUGACAACGACUACCGGACGAUGUACCCGUCCUUCAUGGAGACCAUUUGGUGGGUGUUCAAGCAGCUCUAUAACAAGGGACUGGUCUACAAAGGCUAUAAGGUGAUGCCUUUCUCGACGGCUUGCAACACUCCUCUGUCGAAUUUUGAGUCUGGGCAGAACUACAAGGAGGUGGUGGAUCCUGCAGUGAUCGUGUCGUUCCCCCUGGAGGAAGACCCCAAAGUGUCCAUCAUCGCCUGGACGACCACUCCCUGGACACUGCCCAGUAACCUGGCCCUCUGUGUCCACCCGGACCUCAGCUAUGUCAAAGUCAAAGACAAAUCGACAAAGAAGGUUUACAUCAUGAUGGAGGCGCGGCUCCCUGCCCUGUUCAAGACAGAAGAGGAAUACAUGGUCAUGGAAAAAUUCCCAGGGAAGACUUUGGGAGGCAAGAAGUACACCCCACUUUUUGAGUACUUUAAAGAGUUCCGAGAGCUGACCGGGGCUUUCCGCGUGGUGCUGGACACGUACGUCACCACAGACGCUGGUACGGGAAUUGUCCACCAGGCUCCCUACUUUGGUGAGGACGAUCAACGGGUUUGCCUGGCGAAUGGAAUCAUCUCGAAGGACAUGAAGAUUGUGUGCCCGGUCGACCCCAGUGGCCGGUUCACCGAGGAGGUCACAGAUUUCAAGGGAAUGUACGUCAAGGAUGCAGACAAGGAGAUUGUGAAAAAUCUCAAGGGCAGAGGACGAUUGGUUCAGCAGAGCACAAUCAAACAUAGUUACCCUUUCUGCUGGAGGUCUGAGACCCCCCUCAUCUACAAGGCGGUGCCGAGCUGGUUCGUGCGUGUGGAGCACGCUGUGGACAAACUGCUGGCCUCCAACAGCCAGACUUACUGGGUCCCAGAAUUUGUGAAGGACAAGAGAUUUGGCAACUGGUUGAAGGAUGCCAGGGACUGGGCCAUCUCCAGGAACCGCUACUGGGGGAACCCCAUGCCCUUGUGGGUCAGCGACGAUGGAGAAGAGGUUGUCUGUGUGGGCUCCAUCGAGGAACUGACUGAACUGACAGGGACAAAGGUCGACGACCUCCAUCGGGAUUUCAUCGAUGACUUGACCAUUCCAUCCAAAACUGGGAGAGGUGUUCUGCGACGAGUGCCAGAAGUGUUUGACUGCUGGUUCGAGUCUGGCUCUAUGCCCUAUGGCAAGGCUCACUUCCCGUUUGAGAACCGGAAAGAGUUUGAGGACAACUUUCCUGCUGACUUUAUUGCUGAGGGCAUUGACCAAACUAGAGGAUGGUUCUACACCCUCAUCGUGGUGUCCACGCUGCUGUUUGGGAAGCCUCCCUUCAAGAACUUGGUGUGCAACGGCCUCGUGCUGGCUCAAGAUGGACAGAAGAUGAGCAAGAGAAAGAAGAACUAUCCUGAUCCUUUGAGUGUGGUGGAAAAGUAUGGUGCAGAUGCCAUAAGGUUGUACCUGGUGAACUCGCCGGCUGUGCGUGCGGAGAACCUGCGGUUCAAGGAGCAGGGCGUGAGGGACAUCCUGAAGGACGUGUUCCUGCCCUGGUACAAUGCCUACAGGUUUCUGGCUCAGUACGUCGACAUCUUUGAGCAGGAAACUGGGGAGAAGAUCUUGGUGAACGAGAAGUCGCUGGUGGUGUCGGAUAACUACAUGGACCGGUGGAUCAUCUCCUUCAUCCAGUCUCUCAUCAAGUUUGUGGAGAAAGAGAUGGCAGAAUACCGUCUGUACACUGUGACCCCACGCCUGGUCAAGUUCAUUGAUCAGCUGACCAACUGGUAUCUCCGCAUGAACCGGAGGAGGUUAAAGGGUGACACGGGCAGAGAGGACUGCAGGAAGGCCUUGGAGACUCUGUGCUCUGUCAUCUUCUCUAUCUCUAGGAUGAUGGCUCCAUUCACCCCGUUCCUGACAGAGACCAUCUACCAAGGCCUGAGGAAGAUGCUGGACCUGUCCGGGGAGACAGAUGCCAGGAGCAUCCACUUCCUCAUGCUGCCCAAGCCGAGGGAGCAACUGAUCCACCAGAAGAUAGAGACGGCCGUCUCCCGCAUGCAGAGCGUCAUCGAGCUGGGCCGAGUCAUCAGAGACAGGAAAACUCUGCCGGUGAAGUAUCCUUUGAAAGAGGUGGUGGCCAUUGUAAAGAACCAGGAAGCGAAAGAGGAUCUCGUCUCCUUGGAGAAAUACAUCUUGGAGGAACUGAACGUCCACAAACUGACGGUGACCCUGGACAAAGACCAGUACGGCGUGCGUCUCCGGGCUGAGCCAGAUCACCGACAGCUGGGUCAGAAGUUGACCUCUGCCCUCGGGACGGUCACUCCGGCCAUCAAAGCUCUGACUGACGAGGAGAUUGAGAAAUUCCAAGCUGAAGGCACCAUCGAGGUCAAAGGGUACACCCUGGAGACAGGAGAUCUGCGUAUCUUGUACAACUUUGACAAAGAGGGAGAUACGCCCCAGCACUACGAUGCUCACUCUGACGGCAAGAUCCUUGUUCUACUGGACACCCAGCCAGAUGAGAGCAUGCUGAACCAGGGGGUGGCAAGGGAGGUCAUCAACAGGGUACAGAAGCUCAGGAAGAAGGCCAAGCUCCAGCCCACAGACAACAUCGAGGUGUACUACCGGGCGGCCAAGAAGCUGGUGGCCAUCAUUGAAGAGUUCUCCGAGUUCAUUAACUCCACGGUGAAACAACCGCUCAAAGCUUACCCCGUGCCUGACUCGAGGGAGAAGAUUAUCACAGAGUCUAUGCCCAUCAAGACAGACGACCUUGAGAUCACCAUCACCUGGUCGGAGGGCGGCAAGCGAGAAAUCUCCCCUGCCAAGGUUCCAGCGCAGCCGUCCUCCUUAACGGCGGGGGCUGGCGACGCCCUGCAGACUGACCUGGCUCCUGCCCCCGCAGUGGCCGGGGUGACCCCCAACUCUCGCUUCGUCAACGCUGUGCUGGUUGGUUUGCGAGCGGGUCAAGGUCGCUCGGGCUCGAUGGCCACUAUUCUGUUGGACAACCCCGCUGGGAGCAAUGGUCUCACCAUGACUUUGCUGGUGGAGCAGGCUCAGUGUGUGUUUGGCCUGAGAGGUGUCAACAUUUCCCUCUUCUCCGACGCGGCUCUGAAACAACCACUCAAGCCCGACGUGAAGCUGGACUCUCUUGCCAAAAAGACCAUCUACGUGGCACUCUCGUCGCCAGGAUCCUCCGGUGGUCAGAGCUCUGCUAAGGUGGUGGACAGACCGGUGUGCCAUUUUGCCAACGUGGAGGGCAAAGGCAAGAAGGGGACGUUACUGCUGGAGAACCCGCGUGGAGACGUUUUGUCCCUGGCUGAGCUCCAGGCACAGGCAGCGGCCGUGUUGAACAGCUCGACCCGCGUCCAACUGAGCGCCAAGAAGGACAAGUCUGGCGUCCUGACCAGCUCCGCAUCGGCCGAUAUCCUCGCCCUUCACGGCAAAACCUUGACUGUCUUGUGAGGGACGUUGCGCUGUAGUGUUUCCUUUUGUCUGACAAAUAUGUUUGGGUCAGAUUGUUGACUUUCAUGUUCUUCUUGUUGUUAUGCUGUUGGUCUGUGUGAGUGUGUGUGUGUGUGUGUGCGGCAGUUGAUUUUUAUUUUUUCUGUGGAAUGUUUCUAGAGUGUUCCUUAUGUCUGACAGAAUGUUCUAACUGUUGGGUUAGGGUGUGGGGCAGAUGGUUUUAUUUUUUUCUGUGGAAUGUUUCUUGAGUGUUCCUUAUGUCUGACAGAAUGUUCUAACUGUUGUGUUAGGGUGUGGGGCAGAUGGUUUUAUUUUUUUCUGUGGAAUGUUUCUAUGACGUUCAUUGUGUCUGACAAAUAUGUGUAAGGUUCACAUUGUUGACUUUAAUGUUCACACUGGUAUGUUGUGGAUCUGUGUGUGUGGCAGUCGGUUUUAUUUUUCUAAUGUUUCUAAAAUGCUCUAAGGAGUACGUGUAGAUCAGAAGUUUCAAACUCAAAGUACCCUUGGGUCAUUGGAGGUGGCAUCGUGUAUUCCACUAACGAACAAAAAGGUUACUUAUACUUACAUAUAUAUUUUUUAACACUACAACUGAUCUUAUCUUCUCAAUCUUAAUGAAAAGCAGUUCAAAACAUGGAGAGUUCUAUGGUAGCCCAAAAGUGAUUAAAAAUAUAAAGAUCCAGGACAACACAUCAGCAUGAAAGUACAUGUGAUAUGACCUUACACAGUUGCGAGCGCCGUAAAACCCUAUACUACUACUACUUAAGUACAUGUGAGAUAAAAUGUACUCAGCUUUAACAUCAAGUCAGGGCUGCAUCAUAUCAUCCUGCUGGACUCCGUUAGCCUGGGAGCCAUGAGUUUGAGACACCUGGUCUAGAGAAUGGAUAGUUUGUGUUUUUGUUUGAGGCGUAGGAUUAACCGAGAAGGAAAUUGUUUUCAUUUGUUUGUGACAUUUUUCACUGAUGAUGUUGACUGUGAGUGCUGUGUAAGCAGCUGGUUUUGUGAUGAAAGCGAGUGGCAUAUGUUCCAGUCUAUGAUACUUAAGUGUUGAUAAUAUUUUAAUAUUUGCACUUUCUUUUAUAGGUACUUUGACUUUCUUGUUAGACUUGAGGUUUGCUUAGUCUGCUAGCGAUGAUAUGUAGGAUUAGAGUCAAGUUUACUGGCUGAGUGUCUUUUUUUUUCCUUAUUUUAUUUAUUCAUCAUUCUAUGCUUUAAAAUCUUACAUAUAUUAGUAUUAGGCUUUUGAGUACUUUGUUGAGUUAAAGUUAAAUGAUUCCGACAGAUUUGUAGUUCUACCACUCUGGCAGAGUGCUGGUUUUGUUUCACGAUAUUUUGGGUUUUUCGUGCCCUGAAUUUUGUUUCUUUGCCAAGCACAUCUUGACCUGAUUUGACAGUGCAGUGCCCUUUGUGGUACCAGUGUAGUAGCUCAUUGAAAAAUAAUAGUGAGCAAGAGACAACUGCAGUUUUUAGUUAGGUCACUAGACCAACAUCUGUGACCGAGGUCUGCUGUAGAUCUGGCCUUUCACGAUGAGUACCUUGUAGGGAUGCCAAAUGUCCGGUUUUUCCCAUUUUUUUCCAUCCGUUGGAAUAGGGGAGAGGUAAGACAAUAUGUUUUUGUUUGCUCAUUUAAAAGCUUUACAAGGUUCGGUUUAGGUGAGAUAUGAUGCUCCGCUCAUUUUCAUUUAAAAAAAAAAA